GGGAUCCCAACGGUCCCACCGAUGGCUCCUGCCGAGGAUGCCGUUCCAUUUCUCCUUCUGCCUGCCGUGUGCAAUGCCGGACGCCUCCAUAUAACAGGGGAUUCGUGAGGACACGGCCCCGGCUUUGGUAUCCUGACCACGCACGAUGCCGUCGCCGCUAUUAUGGGCACCUCUCAGCGAGCGCAUGGUGUUUAUCGUCUCAUAUGCCGCAUUUACGCUGUUGCAUCUUGGGGGCGCCCUCUGUAAGAACGCCGCAACACUCCUAGCCACCCGACUGCUUGCCGGAAUGUUCGGCGUGUCACCAUUUACGAACUCUGGUGCGGCACUGGCGGAUAUAUGGCUUCCCCGGGACCGCGGCGUUGCAUCCUCCUUAUAUGCCAGUGCACCGUUUCUCGGACCAGUCGUAGGUCCUAUCAUCGGAGGCUGGGUGUCAACAUCGCGCCUGGGCUGGCGAUUCAACUUUUGGAUCAUGUUCAUCGCGUCGGCGGUAGCCUUCAUCGGCUUCAUUGUGAUUCUCCCUGAAACUUAUGGGCCGGUGCUGCUCAGAUGGCGCGCAAGGAAGCUGCGAAGGGCAAGCGAAGGAAGGGCCGUCUAUGUCUCCCAUUUUGACAUUGGCCGCUCGCGCGACCGUAUCGCUCACUUCCGCACGAACUUUUCGCGGCCCUUCUCAGCAGCGGCAUUGGCGCCUGGGCUCGGCGGGCUGGCGUUCAUCGGCGUCGGCGUUGGGACGACGUUCGGGAUGUGUCUCGCGCCCGUGCAGAACAGGUUGUACUGGGCAGCGAUGGCGAAGAGUCCUACGGGGCGUGCACCACCGGAGGCACGACUGUACUCCCCUAUGUUUGGCGCUGUGUGUUUGCCCGUCGGGCUAUUCUGGUUCGCAUGGACAUGCACACCCUCGUAUCAUUGGAUGCUGCCUAUCGCGGCGGGGGCGCCUUUGGAACUGGGCGCGACGCAGUACCUUAUGGACACGUACCAGAUCUACGCCGCAAGUGCACUCGCAGCGACUGUCGUCCUCCGCUCGAUCUGCGCGUGCUUCUUCCCGCUGGAACCUCGGGACCACUGGGCCGGUACUGUCUUCGCGAUAUUGACAGCGGUUUGUAUGCCCUUGCCGUGGUUAUUCUGGGCGUAUGGUCCUGCGAUACGAAACCGUUCACGCUAUGCCAUCAAGGAUGUGAUACCCUCUGAUGCUGUGAAGAACUAAUUAGACGAGAAGACCGCCGUGAUUGCUAUGGCUCAAUCAAGGGCGACGAUUUAUUGAUGAUCUACAUAGAGGAAUGCUCACGCACUAUUACGAAUGUUUGCACUGGGAUGCAUGGAUAGACUUACCAGUGUCGUACGAAUCUCAUAGACGUUUUGUUUACUUGC